AUGAGGCAGAACAACGGCUUCCCCGAAAACACAAGGAACCAGCAAGUUCUUGAAGUGGCUCCAUUGAACAGUUUACCCUACACCGGUCCAAUAGCUGGUCAUACAUCCAUGCCAGUUAACAGGGAGAAUGAGAAUACAGAGAAAGGAGAGCCGGCAAUGAUAUUUAUGCCUUCUAAAUCAACUCCAGAGUUUGAUAACUUAAUCACUCAAACAAAAACAGGAGUUGCCCUCACGGGAAGUGCAGCCAUGGGAAAGAUUGGACCAACGAUUGGUUUGGUGGAUAUUGCUGAGUCCGAUGACGCAUACUAUUUCCGUGUUUCACUGCCUGGUGUUUCAAGAGAUGAAAAGGACUUCAGCUGCGAAAUAGAACCAGACGGUAAGAUUCUGAUAAAGGGAGCAACAACGACGGGGGAGAAGACAGUCUGCAAACACAAUCAGAUCUUCACGAUGCUGACACAGAACUUAUGCCCUCCAGGCCACUUCACCAUCUCUUUCCAGCUUCCGGGUCCUGUGAGCAAUGAAGAAUUCAACGGUAAUUUUGGGUCAGAUGGUGUUCUUGAGGGCGUAGUGAAGAAGCUGUACUACGAAGAGUGA